AUGGAACAACAAAAGUACUAUAAUUUCGGAUUUAACUUAACUUACAGAGUACAAGCUCAUCCUAGGAAGGGGCAACCAGUUCUCGACAGAAGCAUUCACUACGAUACGCCCAUUGCUCUCCCGCAAAUAAGCCAUUAUCAACACGUUCGGAGCCCCCAGCCGUCUCGCGUUCUCGCUUAUUCCUCUCAGCCUGUUUUCCCGUCGUGCGAUGAGCACGAGAUUUGCUCCUCGCUAUAUCAUUCAAGAGAUAUGCCAUUUUUUGCAGUCAUUGAUGGCAUGACAGAAAUAACUCUUGUAAAUCCUCUCGCCCGCGUUGACCAAAAACAGAGUCGGCCAUGCAAAGGCCAGCAUCAGCAAGCUAGCCGGCGGCAUGAAAAAGUCAAGGGCGGCGUUGACCAGAUUCAUUUUCUCAGUAAUUUGAGUGUAGUUGACUCAAAAUUUUCAAAGGGAUAUAUAUCCCUGCAUUUUUAUCAAGUUAUGUGA